CAAGAUGAACGCAAAUUCGAUAGAGUAUGGAAGCAGAUAGGAUAGAACAAGUUUAAUAAGUUUUUUAAACAAACAACAAAAAACCUUACGUAAGGAGAAUCACCUUAUAAAUUAUAAACAAUGUUAGUAACACCUUUAUUGUUCCUGUUUCUAGCUCUUUUCGAAACAAGAACACCAGAUGAAGUUGUGUUUUGGCAGGUUAAACCAUUUAUUUACUUUGAUAAAAAUAAUAAUUUGGAUGGCAUUUUGCCGUUUAUGUACUCAAGAUUGAAAAAGUUAUGCAGCCCUUCGGAUGAUUUUGUCACGUUUCAUUUAAUAAAUCAAACGUUUACUCAAGAUAAUGUUUAUAAGGUUUUAGAAAAUACAAGUUAUGGAUUUGGGGAACUUCAAAAUGUAACCGGAAACAAAACAAUUUUUUUUCCUAUUUUUUUUCCUUCUAAAAUGUUGGCUAGCAAAAACUUAGUGGAAAAUAAGUUCAUCGGUUCGAAGGUUGCGGUUAUUGUUCAUAAAAAAAAAUUAUAUAUAGCUCAUAAAGUGUUUGAAGCCAUGUUGUUAACAUUUCCAAUUAUAUUAUACGCUUUCGCAUUUAUUUUGAUUUUCUCAACAAUUUUGUGGUUAACUGAAUGCAUUAAAAACAAAGAUUUUAGCAAGUGGUUUUUAAAAGGAUUUGGAACUAGUUUGUAUUUAAGUGUUGUAACGUUUGCAACUGUUGGGUAUGGUGACGUAGUACCGAAAUCGUAUUUUGGUCGGUUUAUAUCUUUGUUGUGGAUGAUAAUAGGGCUCUACAUAUUUUCUGGACUAACAGGAACAUUCAGCGCAAUAAUUACUACAAACUCUUUUUUGACUAUACAAAAUAAAAAGAUAGCUAUUUUAAAAGAUUCUGUGGAUAUCAAUGCUAUAACCAAAAGCUAUAAAUCAACACACUUAAAAGAAUACAACUCGUACGAAGAAAUACUAUACGACGUUAACAUGAACAAAGCUGAAUAUGGAGUUAUUAACCUGGAUUUUUUAUUGGGUACAGAUUAUAACAAAAAGUAUACAAACAUUGUUUUGGUACAGAUAUUAAAUGUUGUUUCGCCAAUUUUAACAUAUUCUGUUAACGGUACUGACUUAUUGGCUUCUGAAGGAAAUGAUGACGUUUCUAAAUGUGUACAAUACUCUUAUCAGGAAGUUCUACUAUACGCACUGGAUUUGUAUCAGGAAAUUCCUAUUGUUGAUACUGAUGCCGAACAAACUCUGAAAGAAUUUUUUUACGAAGAUGAAGUCAUAAGAUAUCUAAUUAUAGCAAUUAUUUCGAUAAUACUUAUACUUGCUAUGAAAGACGUCUUACAAUUUAUAUACACUCUACAUAAAGUGAAAAAUAAAACAUUCGAAGAUGAGUACGCCAAAUAAAGUUUGGGUAACAACUGAUAAUUUAACGAUUUGGCUUGAUUGGUUUAAGAGAUUGGACUUGAUUGAUUUUAAAUAUUAAUUUUAAAGAAAUGUUUAUAGUAUUCCAAAUGAAUAA